CCCCGUCCCGGAGGAGGAGCCGGCCGGGCAGGUGAGCUGGCAGCCCGGCCCAGCCCUGCCCAGUCCCGCCGGUUCAGCCCUCAGCGCCGGGAUGCCCUGAGCCGGCCGGAGGACGAAGGAGAUGGAGCCGCUGGAUGCGAACAGCAGCUGCAGCAACGGGUCUCUUGUCACCCUUUCCUGCCUUUCCCAUCGGGUUGUGUGCCAAGUGAUCGGCAACGCUGAGCCAGAUGACGCUGUCCAGGACAAUGGGACUUCAGAUAACUUCUGGGUAACUUGUCUGGAAAGCAGUUAUGGAUUCUACAUUGGCCUAGGCUUGGCUGUCUUCUCCAGCUUCCUCAUUGGAAGCAGCGUCAUCCUCAAGAAGAAGGGGCUGCUACGGCUGGUGGAGAAGGGAGGCACCAGGGCAGGAGAUGGAGGCCACGGCUACUUAAAGGACUGGCUCUGGUGGGCUGGCCUGUUAACCAUGGGUGGAGGGGAAGCUGCCAACUUUGCCGCCUAUGCCUUUGCUCCUGCAACUAUUGUCACGCCUCUGGGGGCUCUGAGUGUGCUCAUAAGUGCCAUCCUGUCUUCAUAUUUGCUUGGAGAACGGCUCAACCUGCUGGGAAAGCUGGGCUGCAUGCUGAGCCUGGUGGGCAGCACGGUGAUGGUGAUACAUGCCCCAGAGGACGAGGAGGUCACCACCCUGGAUGAGAUGUUGUCUAAGCUGAAAGAGCCAGGUUUCCUCGCUUAUGCCACGAUCCUCUUGGCUCUUUGCUUCCUCUCAAUCUUCUACCUCGCCCCCCGCUAUGGCCAGAGAAACAUCCUCAUCUACCUCACCAUCUGCUCCGUUAUUGGUGCCUUCUCUGUGUCCUCAGUCAAGGGCCUGGGUAUUGCCAUCAAGGGCUUCUUUGCUGGACGGCCUGUGCUGCAGCACCCAUUGACAUGGAUCCUGGUCAUCACGCUGGUGGCAUCCAUCACUACACAAAUUAACUACCUCAAUAAAUCUCUAGACAUUUUCAACACCUCUUUGGUGUUUCCCAUCUACUACGUGCUGUUCACCACCAUCGUCAUCACAACUUCCAUCAUUCUCUUUAAGGAGUGGGUCACCAUGACUGUAGUGGACAUAAUUGGGACAGUUUGUGGCUUCCUCACCAUCAUUUUGGGGGUGUUUUUACUCCAUGCUUUCAAAGACAUGGACGUCAGUUUAGGAAAUCUACCACAAGUCCUCCAGAAUGAACAGCAAGGACCAGUCACCCGAGACGACAAGAACAUCCUGAUAGAGGUGGACAACUCCAGCAUCGCCCCAGAGGAUAAACCCAAAACACUUGCGUGAACUCUAAAAUACACACAAGUACCAAAUGGAGGUGAGAGACAAGGACUGAAUGGGGCACGCCUGCUAUUCAGACUCCACUCAUCCAUGUUUAAUUACUUGUUCUGCAAAUAUGGGACAAGAAUAUUGGUGAAUAUGGGUAAAACAUGGCAAGUUCUGGAACAGGUGCUCACUGAGGCUCAGUGGCAGAACCCGAGCAUGAAGUGUUUUUGUAGGACCGUGGCAGAGAAACAUUCUUCAGCUUUUGGGUUUUGCUUUGUUGAUAUUGUUGUUUUGGUUUUUUGUUUUGUUUGUUUGGGGUGUUUUUUCCUUAGCAGCUGUGGUGCCCAGGCCAUGUCGAUGUGGUCAGUGAAGCCACUGGGUCUGAUCUAGGCGUCCCCUGAGCAAGCAGCAACCCUGGCUCAGGCUGGGGAGCUCUGAUAGUCUAAAUCCCAUGUCAGGAGAAACACCACCACUGUCUUCAACACUUUUUGUGGUCUGUGAAAAUCUUUUCAGCCUGAAAGAGUGAGUGGCUGUAAGUUUUAAGGUUGGUUCAUGGGGCUUUUUUAGCAAACAUCUAGACCUUGGAGAGCUUCCCCACUCUUCAAGCCCCAUGACCUCUCCUGCCAUCAUUUAAGCCCCAAAGCUUUUCUAUUGUCAUUUAGAGGGAGGUGUGAGCUGCAUGUGAUGCUCUGCAGAGCUAUAGGGAUGCAUUUUAUCCCAAAGCAGUCCUGCUCACUCCCCUCCACCUCUCAAUAUAGUAUGAGUGCUACCUGGACUCUGCUUGUGUGCUUGUGUCUCACCUUCAAAACCCCCUUGGAUUUGUAUCAGUGGUGAGAACGAAUGGAUGGGAGAUGUGACAUUUUGAGCUGGAAGGUGAAAAAGGAAGGUAUUACAGCAGCUAAAGCUUUCUCCCAUCUUGCCACUGGGUCUUACAGCACAGGGAAACUAGAGCCUGUUUGCUCACAGCAAAUUCCAAACAGGGUGCAGCAAAGCCUGAGCUGGCUUUGCCAGGCUGGCUUGGACUGGAGGCAGCUCUGGCUGGGUUAGCCUUGGACCAGGGCACACACUGAUGCUGUCUGAGAUGCUGAGCCAGUUAUACCUGGGUCUAAGCACAAGCAAUUUGGGGUUGGGCGGCAGAGGAAUAUGCAAUCUCUUAUUUUAAUAACAUUUCAGGGUUGUAUUUGGGGCUUUUUUUGGGAACGUGGAAAGGGAAAUAAAAGAUUUUUCUAAACAAAACCCAAAAACAAA